AUGAAGACGCUUCUGGUUGGGGUGCUGCUUGGCCUGGCAUAUGUGGAGUUGGCCCAGUCCUUACGAUGUUACACGUGCAAGGAACCCACGGACAUUGCUGAGUGCAAAACAGCCACCCUGUGCCCCCCGAAAGCCACUGUGUGCACAACAACACUGCACUCCGUAGACUCAGGUUACCCUUUUUUCGGCAACAUCACUGUGACCAGAAGCUGUGAGGAGGAAUGCCUCUCCUAUAAUGGGAUAGGGGCCACCAGACCCAAGACAUGCUGCUACACCGACCUCUGCACCGAUGACACCAGGAGCAGUAAUGGGGUGGCAAGCAGCUCUGCAACGCUGGGUCUGAUGGCCAUGGUUGUUGGCACACUCCUCCAGUGCACUCUGUAA